UUGCAGCCUAGGUUUCUAGGGGCACCAGAAGGUAGUACAAAGCCUUAGGGAGAGGGAGUCAGGGCUGCCUUGAUGUUCUCCUGUCCCCUCAGCCCUGGGGAGUUGUGCCAGUCUCCCUGAGCCUGGUGGCCAUCACUCUGGGACCCUGCUUCCACCAGGAUCAGCAGCCACCAUCUCUGUGAUUAGAUGCUGUGCUUGGGUCCUGGCUGAUGUACCCACAGCCCCCUGGCACCAUGGGCCCACUGUCAGCUUCUCCAUCCUUGCCUGCAGGACCAGGUCCAGAUGAUAGCCAGGUGUGUCACUGCUUCAUUGACCACCAUGCCAGGCAGGGGAUCACCGGCUCAGGCUCAGACUGGGCUGCAGACUCACUCAGGUAGCACUUUCACCUGGGCCAGGGACAUGAUGUUCCCUUCACCCCACCCUGGCAGGCAAGCCUGGGCCUGGGGACCUAGCAGGUCUCAAUAAUCAGCUUCUGAAUCAGCAAACAAGUGAAAUCACAAAGGAAUGAACAAACAUGUGGUCACUGACACACCCGUGGUCAAACAUGGGAUCUCAUAGUCACAGGACAGCAGAGUCUUCAACACCCAAUCCAGUCACCAGGUCCCACACUUGCACAUACACACUCUACUGGAGCUUGCACAGAGGCCUAGAUAGUAGCUGACCUGGGCUUCACAAAGACACACUCACUGACCAGCCCUGACUUCACAGACACAGCGCCUUUCAGACUCAAGUCCCGAAAGCAGAAGUGACUUACCCCCCUAGGCAUAGUCAGUAUAGGGUCUGAGGCCACAAUACUUCUAGGGACCCCCAAAAUCUUAAUUUUUUUAAUCAGAAGAAGAUAUAUAUUAAUAAUGAAUAUAUAAUGACUUAGGUUGGGAUUAUAUUUGUCUUUAUACCAACAUAGUUGUAAAAUGUAUUUUUUGACGUUUUGAGAAAGGGUCCCAAAAAAGCAAAAGUGCUUAGGGCCCACAAAUGUCAUAGUGCAGCUGUGCAGGAAAGUAGGCUCCCUUGGUAUAGGUACUGAGGCACCCAGACUCCAGUACCACAAACAGGCCUGCCAGCUGGGUCUGCCAACCAAACAGCAACCCCCUCCCCCGCACUGCCUCCACCCCCACCCCAACACAAAUAAAGCCGCAAAGCCCUGCCCCAGUGCUGACCCAGUGGGCGGGGCCGCUUCCGGCCCAGCCCCACCUCCUACCAAGGGCACUUUGUUAGGGGUGCUGAGGUGGCUCAGCUGCCUGGCCCAGCCCUCCAACCCCGGGCCUGCCCCUCAGCCCGCCCCCAGACUGGGUGGGGUGACCCCCUACAAAAGCUCAGAGUUUCCAGCAGCAGCAGCUUCCUCCAAGAGUCUGGUGCAGCUGGGGGCAGAGUUGAGGAACAGAAUCUUGCUGAGCCCUGCCUAGGCCCUCAGCCUGGGGUCAGGAAGUUUGGAGGAUGAGGCCCUUCAGCCCUGAGGUUUCACUAGAACCACCCUGUGCCAUGGCAGUCCACCUGCUUCCCAUCUACGCCCUCUUCCUGACCUUGCUGGACAAAACCCAAGGCUCCAGGAGCCCCAUGGUACCCAACCAGCCCUUCACCACCAUCUGGAAUGCAAACACCCAGUGGUGCCUGGAGAAAUACGGCGUGGACGUGGACGUCAGUGUCUUUGAUGUGGUGGCCAACCCGGGGCAGACCUUCCGCGGCCCUGACAUGACCAUUUUCUACAGCUACCAGCUGGGCACCUACCCCUACUACACGUCUGCCGGGGAGCCUGUGUUUGGUGGGCUGCCCCAGAAUGCCAGCCUGGAUACCCACCUGGCCCACUCAUUCCAGGACAUCCUGGCUGCCAUCCCUGCGUCUGACUUCUCAGGGCUGGCAGUCAUCGAUUGGGAGGCAUGGCGCCCACGCUGGGCCUUCAACUGGGACGCCAAAGACAUUUAUCGGCAGCGCUCACGGUCACUGGUGCAGGCACAGCAUCCUGACUGGCCAGCUCCUUGGGUGGAGGCCGCAGCUCGGGACCAGUUCCAGGAGGCUGCACAGGCCUGGAUGGCAGGCACCCUCAAGCUGGGGCAAGCACUGAGGCCUCGUGGCCUCUGGGGCUUCUAUGGCUUCCCUGACUGCUAUAACUAUGACUUUCUAAGCCCCAACUAUACAGGCCAGUGCCCCCCGGGUAUCUGUGCCCAGAAUGACCAGCUGGGGUGGCUGUGGGGUCAGAGCCGUGCCCUCUACCCCAGCAUCUACAUGCCUACAGAGCUAGAGGGCACAGGGAAGGGACAGGUGUAUGUGCGGCACCGUGUAGGUGAAGCAUUCCGUGUGGCUGUGGGUGCUGGGGACCCUGAUCUGCCAGUGCUGCCCUAUGCCCAGAUCUUCUACGACGGGACAAACCGCUUUCUGCCCUUGGACGAGCUGGAGCACAGCCUGGGGGAAAGUGCAGCCCAGGGGGCAGCAGGAGUGGUACUCUGGGUGAGCUGGGAGAACACAAGAACUAAGGAAUCAUGCCAGGCCAUCAAGGAGUAUGUGGACACCACACUGGGGCCCUUUGUCCUCAACGUGACCAGCGGGGCUCUUCUGUGCAGUCAAGCCCUAUGCUCAGGCCAUGGUCGCUGUGCCAGGCGCCCCAGCCACCCUGAGGCCCUCCUCAUCCUCAACCCCACCAGUUUCUCCAUCCAGCCCACACCUGGUGGCGGGCCCCUGACCCUACAAGGUGCCCUCUCACUUGAGGAUCGGAUGCAGAUGGCUGUGGAGUUCAAAUGUCGCUGCUACCGUGGCUGGAAGGGAGCAUGGUGUGAGAAGCAAGGCACGUGGUAAUUGGCCACGAACUAGGAUACACGCAUUGAACAUCUUGUUGACAUUAAAAAUAAAAGUUAUUUUACCAGCAAAAAUGGGUUUAAUCAGGAACAGUAGAAAAUUGCAACUUGAGACAUGUGAGCUGUUGCAAAACCAAAG